AUGGUUGGCCGCAACGCAGCAUCAAGGCGGCCGGAAGCAGAGGCGAUGGAGCAAGCCACGGAAGAUGCCGUGGCACCGGCGCCUCCCCAGCCGAAGAAGAAGGUGAAGGAGGACAUGAAGAAGAAGGGUAAGCAGGACACCUCCUCAAUGGUGGUCGAUGGCGAGGGCGACGCUGGGCCGGCCGCGAAAGCGGACACCAAGCCUAAGCCCGACAAGAAGCAGAAGAAGAAGAAGGCGAGGCAAGACGACCCGAAGCCAAUACCAGAGAGCGAGGACGAUGCUGCGCCGGCCGCGAGAGGGGACGACACCCCGAGGCCAGACAAGAAAACGAAGAAGGCAAAGAAGGCGAAGCAGGCGAAGCAGGAGGACCCAAAGCCAGUUCCAGAGAGCAAGGACGACGCAGCGCCGGCCAAGACAGCGGCCAGAAAAGGGAAGACUGGCCAAAAGAACAAGAUCACCUCGCCCGAGUUUGUCCUGGACAGCGCGGACGAGGAGGCGAAGGCCAAGCCUGUGGCGAAAAAGCGUAAGCCUCGCACUGACAGCGUCCAGGGGACGAAGGAGGUCCGCAAUGCGGACCUUGCCAGUGGCGACGAAGCAGGACCAGCCAAGCCCAAGCCGAAGAAGGCCUCCGGACGCGGUAAGGGGAAGCAGGCCACGGUAGAGGUCCCGGCGGUAGUCUUGAGCAGUGGUGAAGAGGAGGAGGCGAAGCCGGCUGCGAAGACGGGCAAGAAGACGUCGAAGAAGACCGAGGACACGGCGAAGCCAAAGCCGAAGCCAAGGAAGAAGAAGGAGACAACAGCAAAGGCGACGAGGAGCACGGACCAGGUCAAGGCGGAGCCGGCCCAGAGUUCCGCGCAGGCUGGAUCCUCUCGUGUCACCCGCAGUGUGGCCCGAACCGGUUUGGACACCGCGAAGGAGGAGGAGAAGAAGCCCAUGCCUAUGUAUGUCAGCAUGCCCCCGGCAACCCAGACUCGCAUCAGCCGUGAGGACAGCCCAAAGGACGACGACGACUAUGAUGUCCUCGACCGUUCCGAGCUGUCCGAGGCUGAGGCAUGUCUCGACGUGUUCCUCUCCUGUGCUCCCACAGCCAGCGAAUCGCAGACGUGGCUGAAGGCACGCACUGCAGCGGUCAGUGGAGUUGGCUGGACUCUGGACGAUCCAGACGAGAACGAAUUCGAGGGAAUCUGCUGGCUCAUCGUCGACGGGAACGGCGAUCGGCAAGGUGUUGUGACCAAGCGCUACUACGAUGCGUGGUGUUUGCUCACUCGCUACAUCACGUAUUGGGGCCUUUUGGUCUUCCGACUGGACGAGGCCAUCGAUAUACAUCAUCCGCCAUGGUAUCCCGCGCGCGAACGCCCCGAAAGGGUCGCACCAAACCUCGACGUCUGGGAGUACCUGCGCACGUUGACGUGGACGGUGAACAGCGCCAUUGCUGUCCGCCAGGAAGCACUUCAGUACGUACAGGACGAUCCGCGACAUGACACUUUCAACCCGAUUAUGCACAUCUGGAGCCUUGCCAUUUAUUGGUACCCAGAUAACUGGACGUGCUCGGGUAACGUCGACAUCAGGGCCCUCCUUCACCGUGACCCGCGAGCAUAUAACUGGCCGAAAUGGGCUCACGAGAACGAUCAGACGCGUGUAUUUGGCAAGGCGUAUGUGGAGGCCGCUCUCAAUGCUGGCUGGGACCUCGAGAAGAUUCCUCAAGACCUCGAGCCUCCCACGGGUGGUGACGAGGAGCUCACGUCGGCCCUCAACCAGGCAACCAACCUGGCAAUUCUGACCAUGAAGAACGCGUACGAUGCCAUGAACGUCCCGCUCACAAACACACAGCCGAGGAAGAAGGCUCGCAGUGGGAAGAAUACGAGGAAGCCAGUGCCAUCCACGGCAGUGCCUUCAAGGAUGCACGUGGUGAUGGCAGAUGACGAGGAGCCCGAGCCGUCGAACGCCUCGUUACCUUCGAACAGUGCUGCAGCCAGCGAAGACGAGAGGAGUACAGGGAGCAGCAGUGACGAGAGCGACGUCAAGAGCAGCGUCAAGAGCAGCUACAAGGCCAGCGAGGAGAGCGACGCGGACACUGACUCCGAUGAAGACGCCGAGGGAGAAUCCGAGACUGGCUGGAUGUUUGAACCGAAUAACCAGGACCAGGAGGAGGAGCGCUCUGUCUUGGCCGAGGUCCAGGAGUCAAUGGACCGCGUCGACAUCAGCAUGGGCGAGCCUGCGGACGAUACCCAGCCAGCUUCCGCGGACAUGCCGAGCGCCGCCGACGACGUGAGCAUGGAGCCUAACGUUGGUGAAACACCCAAGGCCGCCGUUGCCGAGCGUGAGCCGUCCAGUGUUGAGGAGGGCGAAAAGUCCCCCACUGACAAGGAGACAAAGUCCAACGUCGACAACACUCGCGCUGCAGGCGAGAGGGCAAACAGCGCAGACCCUGCGGAGAAACAAAUAUCUACAUCUAACACAUCGCAUCCCACAUCUCCGCAGGCAGGCGACAAGCGCAAGGAGCGCGCCGAGUCGAACGCGUCAACGUCCUCGCAGGCCCCUCCCAAGCCUACACGUCGCAGCCGCUCUCGCGCCACGUCCGCGAAGGCAUCUUCCAGGUCCCCGCAGCCUGAGGCGAAGACGGCCAAGUCGCCUGCACCGCCCCCCAAUCAACAGGAUGCCGAGUCGAUGGACCUCGAAAGCGAUGACGUGGACAUUGAUAGUGUGGGCAACGCGCUCGUGAACCCGGGUAAACUGUAG